UUUAAGGUGAAAUUGCAAAGCGGUUAGACAGAGAUUCCUCAGCUGCACUGGAGCUUUAGUCAUGAAAAUGUUGCUGUCCUGAUCUGUAGCCAUGAAGAGAAGGGGGUGAAACAAGUCUGUCUGGAGAAAUCGGAAGUUCUUGGAAGUUUCAAAGGGGCUUAGUGCCAGCUGCUGCCGAAGGUUUUGCAAAGCCAACCCCGAUGAAUAGAUGAAAUACCUCGAACUUUAAGUGAAUGAUCGCUGCUUGAACCAGGAGCCCUACUAAGUGAACAGAGUGGAAACAUAUGGAUGAAGUUCUUACCAUGCACUGAACAGCACAGCAUCAAGCGCAAAGCUCUGGGAAAAUGUCUGCUUGCAACACUUUCACUGAGCACGUCUGGAAACCUGGUGAAUGUAAGAACUGCUUCAAGCCUAAAAGCUUACAUCAGUUACCCCCAGUCUCUGAAAAAAAAACCCUCUCACAUGGAAAUCUAAAAACCAAUGCAAACCAAAGUAACAGCCAUCGUGGUAGAAAUACAGGAAAUUUCCGUCCACCUGUGGCAAAGAAACCCACUAUAGCUGUAAAACCCACCAUGAUGGUAGUAGAUGGGCAGGGUGUAUGCAGUGAAAUCAGUGCACCGGAUCAUUGUGAGAAUAAAUCAGUGCCCGUAGGGUGGAACCGAAACAAAGCUGUCUUGAACAAAAAACCACUGAACAAUAAUAAUGAAGAUGAAAUUGAAGGUUAUAGCCAUGUUCAUAGGCCUUAUGGCAACAAUGAUGGCGUAGGUAAGAUACCAAAUAACAAUAAUGGACUGACAGAAGUGUUGAAGGAGAUUGCAGGUUUGGAUACGACACCUCAGCUAACUGGAAAUGAAAUGAACUCAAGAGAAACUUUCUUGGGAAGAAUAAAUAAUUGCUAUAAAAGAUCACUGGAAAGAAAGAUCCCUCCAAGCUGCAUGAUGGGUGGAAUGAAGGAUUCACACAGUAAGCACGUUAUUCUGAGUGGAAGCACUGAAGUAAUAAGUAAUGAAGGUGGACGUUUCUGUUAUCCAGAAUUCUCUAGUGGAGAUGAGAGUGAGGAUGAUGCAUUUUUUGGCAGCAUGCAAGAAGAGCAUGAGAGCUGGGAUGAAAGCGAUGAAGAGUUGCUAGCAAUGGAAAUUCGUAUGAGGGGCCAACCUCGCUUUGCUAAUUUUAGAGCUAACACCCUGUCUCCUGUUCAGUUCUGCGUUGACAAAAAAUGGAAUACUGUGCCCCUUAGAAACAAGUCUCUUCAGCGGAUCUGUGCAGUAGAUUACGAUGAUAGUUACGAUGAAAUUUUAAAUGGCUAUGGGGAAGAGACUGUGAUUCUUUAUGGGCAGGAGAGCAUGCAGAGCAUGGUAUCUUCUGAUUCUACAUCUCCCGAUUCUUCUUUGACUGAAGAGUCUCGUUCUGGAACAACCAGCAGUUCAUCACAGAAGCUCUGUAAUGGGGGAUUAUCUCCUAGUACCCCUCAUGAUGUCAAACUCAUUGAACCAGAAUAUGACAGUCUUUGUGAUAAUCAGCAGGUGAAGGAUGUGUCAAAAGUUUCUAGAAAUGUCCCAAAAAGUCUAGAAACCCACAAGGCAGUACUUGCUCUUCGACUGGAAGAGAAAGAUGGCAAAAUUGCUGUGCAGACUGAUAAGCAAGAGAAUAAAAGUUCUUCAGAUGUUGCUGGUCAAGCUGUAACUAUAAAUCUGGUGCCUGUGGAAGAGCAAGCCAAACCUUAUAGGGUAGUGAAUAUGGAACAACCAGUUUGCAAGCCAUAUACCAUAGUAGAUGUAUCAGCUGCCAUGACCAAUGAAUGUAAGGAGAAUCAGACCGAAACCUCAGAAACGAAAACCACAUCAUCUAACCCAAAUUCACCAGGAACUCCAGGCACACCUAUUACAUCCUCUGCAGCAUCACCUGGACAAGUAAAUGCUAAUCUGAAAAAAUCGAGUGCAAUCAGAUAUCAAGAAGUGUGGACCUCUAGUACUAGUCCACGACAGAAGAUACCUAAGGUGGAGUUAAUUGCUAAUAGCACAGGACCUUCUGUUCCUCCUAGAAAGACAAGCCACAAGUCAGCUCCUACUUCACCUACAGCUACCAACAUUUCUUCAAAAACUAUCCCAGUUAAGUCUCCCAAUUUAUCUGAGAUUAAGUUCAACAGCUACAAUAAUGCUGGCAUGCCACCUUUUCCUAUUAUAAUUCAUGAUGAGCCCACUUAUGCUAAGAGUUCCAAAAAUGCUAUUAAAGUUCCCAUUGUAAUUAAUCCAAAUGCGUAUGAUAAUCUGGCUAUCUAUAAAAGUUUUCUAGGGACCAGCGGAGAGCUAUCCAUCAAAGAUAAAACUACUAGUGUAAUAAGCCACACCUACGAAGAAAUAGAAAGCAAAAUGACUGAAACUGCAGGAAACAAACACACCGAGUUUUCUCAAGCAAAGGGAGUGACUAAUAGCACAGAGUGUAGGCUGGGUUCUGUGGCUCAGAAGGUCCAAGAGUUUAACAGCUGUCUCAGUAAAGGUCAGAUAUCACCACAAAGAAGUCAUAGUUCUGACCACAGCUCCCCACCAAGAAUUCAAAAGGCAACCCAAGAGCCUGCAGCAAAAAUAGAAGUAACACCAGAGGCUUCUGCUGGCAGUGGCAGCAGAGAGAAUGCAAGCACGGUGCUUUCCCAGAUUGUGGCUUCCAUCCAGCCUCCACAUACUCCUCCAGAAACACCUCAGUCUGGACCCAAAUCUUGUAGCAUCGAAGAACUGUAUUCCUUACCCCCUGAUGCAGAUGCUACUAAGAACACCCUGGUACGACCCAAAUCUCUGUUUACAUCACAGUCUGAGGUAGAGUCACCCAAAACCAUGGAAAACGCUACCACUAAGAUGCAGAAAGAUACAGUGUCACAGCCAGUUGCCACCCAUUCUCCAAAGCCAGUGAGAGGCAUGCAAAAUACCACAAGUCCCAAAACGGAGCAAGCACCACCAUUUCCUCCUCCACGAUCCACAUCUUCACCCUAUCAUGCAAGUAACUUGUUGCAAAGACAUUUCAGCAAUUGGACCAAACCAAAUAGUCCCACUAGGUCAACAGAGGCCGAGUCAAUCCUUCAUUCAGAAGGUAGGCGAGCUGCUGAUGCAAAGCCCAAACGCUGGAUAUCUUUUAAGAGCUUCUUCCGCCGCAGAAAAACUGAUGAUGAGGAAGACAAAGAGAAAGAAAGAGAGAAAGGAAAGCUGGUGGGUCUUGAUGGAACUGUUAUACAUAUGCUCCCCCCUCCUCCAGUUCAACGUCAUCAUUGGUUCAGUGAGUCAAAAUCAGACUCCAGUGAGAAGCCAUCUAUUGUUUUCAUGUAUAGAUGUGAACCAGCACCAACUGAACCAAAGGCUGACCGUCAAAACAUAACUGGAGUGGAGUCUUCGGUUGCAGAUGCACAAGCAAAAGACAAAGGAGAAACACAAGAAAACUCUCUGGAGAGCUCUGAACAGAAAAUAAAGAGCCAUUCUUCACCAUCUCAGAUUCCCAAGAAAAUCCCCAGCGCCUCCGAACACGGCGGAAUCAAUGGCUCGCCUGAGUUUCAAGACAUGAUUAAAAGACUCAAGAAGGCCCUGAAAGAAUUUCCUUUAAUGGGGAAUUGUGUGAGCGAGUACAGUGGUCAAGUGCCCGAUGAGACGACAGUGGAGGAUUUGUCCCCUCGCGUCCCCAGAGCUGUGUUCGUGAAGCAGGACAAUGGCGGCAGUGCCUCCAUCAUACCAGUGUCGUCUGUCCGUGCCCCACAUGGGGAGGAAGACAAGGAAGAAGCGUCAAGUUCUCCUGACUUAAAUCCUUGCAGUGCUACAUACAGCAAUUUAGGCCAGUCCAGAGCAGCCAUGAUACCUCCAAAACAGCCAAGGCAACCAAAGGGAGCUUUGGAUGAUGCCAUUGCCUUUGGAGGACUAGUAGACCAGGAGACGAUGAACAACUUACAGCCAACACCACCUCCACUGCCAAAGAAAACCAUUUUGAGAGCUAACACAGAGCCAACUCCCAGAGACCUCCAGAAGCAGGCUCUGGAGAACAGUCUGUGCAUCGUGGCCAAUCCCACCUAUGACAUUGACACCAACUGGGAAGCGAGCAGUGCUUGCUCAUCGGUCAGCUUGGAGCUCAAGGUCCUGGACAACGAGUCAGGAGACUCCUUGGACAGGCCUACAGACAAAUUAAGAGCAACCACCUCAGCAACUAACAGUGUUUCCAGCCUAACCACUAUCAGUAUUAAGGACAGGUGUUCCAACAGCAUGGAGUCUCUAACAGGGAGACACCUCUCUCAGACUAAGCAGGGCAAGGGCGUCCAGAAGCCACAAAGGCAAGCACUUUAUCGAGGAAUUGAAAACCGAGAAGAGGUGGUAGGUAAAAUCCGAAGUCUUCACACUGACUCACUAAAGAAGCUGGCACUGAAAUGUGAAGACUUGUUCAUGGCUGGACAAAAAGACCAGUUGCGAUUCGGGGUGGACAGCUGGUCGGAUUUCAGGCUAACCAGUGACAAGCCAUGCUGUGAGGCAGGUGAUGCUGUUUACUACACAGCUUCUUAUGCAAAAGAUCCUCUCAACAAUUACGCAGUCAAGAUCUGUAAGAGCAAAGCUAAAGAAUCCCAGCAGUAUUAUCACAGCUUAUCCAUCCGGCAGAGUCUGGCUAUCAACUUUAACAUCCAACAGGACUGUGGCCAUUUCCUUGCUGACGUGCCAGUUCGCCUCCUUCCGUGGGAGGAUACCGAUGCAUCAGAGGUGGAAGAAGAGCAGGAAGAAGAGGAGGAAGAACCUGAGCAAAAGAACAGAGAGACUCCUUCCAGUAUAGAUGCUUCACAGAAAGACAGCUCAAGCAACCAGGGGACCAUCAGCAAGCAGCGCAGCCGUGUCGUGGUCAUCACACGGGAGGUCCCAUACUUAACAGUGGCUGACUUUGUGCGGGAAUCUGCACCCCGCCAUGCAAAAAGCCCAGAUUUAUAUGAGAGGCAGGUCUGUCUACUCCUUUUACAGCUGUGUUUGGGUCUGGAGCACCUGAAACCCUACCAUAUCACACACUGUGAUCUGCGGUUGGAGAACCUGCUGCUGGUUCAUUCCAGACCAGGCGGUAACCCUCUGAACUCUGAGUCCGUGGAGCCCGGUCCCAACACUGCUUGCCCGGCCAGGUUAAUAGUGAGCAAUUUCUCCCAGGCCAAGCAGAAGAGUCAUAUGGUGGAUCCUGAGGUCCUACGGGAUCAGUCCCGCCUGGCUCCAGAAAUCAUCACUGCAACACAGUACAAAAAGUGUGAUGAGUUCCAGACUGGCAUCCUCAUCUAUGAAAUGCUGCACUUACCCAAUCCCUUUGAUGAGAAUCCAGAGCUGAAGGAGAAGGAGUAUACCCGUGCUGAUCUUCCCAAGAUCCCUUGCCGUUCCCUCUACUCUCAAGGUCUUCAACAACUUGCCAGCUGCCUGCUGAAUCCCAACCCUUCAGAGAGAAUCCUGAUAUCAGAAGCCAAGGGAAUCCUUCAGUGUUUGCUGUGGGGUCCACGUGAGGACUUGUUUCAUGCUCUCAGCACAUCUUCCAACCCAGCCCGGAGGGAUGCCGUACUUCAGAACUGGCUGGACAUCAAACGGACACUGCUGAUGAUCAAGUUUGCAGAGAAGUCCUUGGACAGCGACUGUGGAGUUAUUCUCGAAGACUGGCUUUGUUGUCAAUACCUGGCAUUUGCCACUAUAGACUCACUUCAUCGCAUUGUGAGAAUCAUGCAGCAGCACUAGUUUGCAGAACCUGUUGCUUUUCAUGAAGCCUCCUCCUGCCCCAGUCCUCACUCCAGCCUGCCCUAGGGCUCACACUUUCUACAAGUGUUUUAAAAAAAAAAAAAAAAAAAAGCCGCCUAGAUUUCAAAGCCAGCAACUCUGAGCAAAUAAGUUCUAAUUGGAAACAUUGUAUCCUAUACCUGAUACAACCAAACUUCGCUUUCUUGCCAGGCUUAGUUAUACAUAUAUCUCACUGCAUUUGGAUCAGAUAUUUUUUAACUCGAUUAAUAUCUGGUUGAUAAGGAGAGCAAACCUUAACAGAUACCACUAUUUCAAUCAUUGCAGUGAACAGACUCCUCUCCUCUUCUGGAUGGUUUCUGUCAUUUCUAUAUGUAGCAUUGGUAGUGAAUAGCAGUGACCAUCAGCAGAGAUGGAUUAAUUAUUAAAUGGGAAAUGAAUGAUCCACCAUGCCCCUUGCCACAAAACCCUCUAUUGUUUUCAUUCCACAUCCCAUGUGAAUCUUUUUCUCAGCUUAGUCAGUGUCCCCUAACGGGGCUGGACUCCUCUUCCUCUUGGCCUCAUCCAGAAGGAUUUGGAUCUUUCUCUAACCCUUUAUGCCUUCUGUUUUCCUCCCAAACAUGGUUAUCCUGCUGACUGCAGCCAGUGUCAAUGGGCAGUAAGCAUCUCCAUUCUGUCCUCUUCCCGCUUUCUCUGCCUCUGACUCACUGCCUCUCCAUAUCCUUUCUAGCUGUGGAUCCUUGAUUUCAAUGAUCCUGCCUUAAUCACACCAUUAUCCUUAGCUUAAGAUCUCUGCAUUAAAAAACACAGUAUGUACACUUUGUCUUUCCCGUUUCCUAAAUGACAUUCACCAGGCUGGAUAGCUGAUGUAUUGUAGAUAAAACUGUGUUUAUACAAGAACAAUACAACAGGUGGUGGACAAUUGAAAUUCCCCUUCCGUUGCAAAAGGCACUAAAGCCUCACUUGAAAUGGAUAGAAGUACAUAACCUUCUCUGACAAUCACUGUUAUGAAUUGGGAAUGAAAAUAACAGCCACCUUUUCUGUUUUAUUUUCGUUUGCUCUUGUCACUUGUGCCAUAUUGCAAAGUGGGACUGAAAUUGGCACUGCUGGAUGUUGGCAGGAGGUAGAAUUGUUCAGAGCUCGUCUGUGUGUAGCUAACAGGCCACAUGGAGACACUCUUACUCCAGACAGUUCUCUGAAGGGUAAAAACAAGGGGGCAAGAACACUGUUUUUUAAUUACUGAGGGAGCUGUUAAGUUUGGCAGCCACAACUAACAAUAUCGUGAUCCAUUCUUCCCGUAGCGGUGUUUGGCUGCGUAUCUCCUAUGCGUAACCGGUGUUUUCUGAUGUCUAAUAGACAACAACCUAAAAAUAGCACGUUGUCAAGAUAGCUCAAGGAGCAUCGCAGACAGGGUUUUGGACUAGAAAAGGAGUCAUUGAGUAUUAAAGAGACAGAAUUUUUAAAAAUUCAACCUGAAGGAGCUUUUCACUUCUAAAGGCAGCUGCUGACUUACUUGCCUGACGUAACGGCUCUUUCCUAUGGAACCUCUGCAAGUGCACACACAGUGUCUUUGCUCAGUACUGCUAGGCUCUGAAUUGUUUCCUAAAUCGCUCUGAAGAAUACAUUUGGAUGCAGGGGAAAAAGUGACACCGAAUAUUCUGACCUGGGUGAUGGACAGCAGACAGCCCUAGUUAUGAGCCUGUGCUUCUCUCCUAUGGAUCUAUGUGCAAUUCUUGUAUGUAUUUUUUAAAGCUGUACAUUACAGUGUUCACUUUACACACCAGCCUUUACCUGAUGCUAGAUCUGCAGCCCUUUCCUUUAUUUUCCUGGCACAUAAAUGCGCAGAUAUCCAUGUGUUCUUUUUAUGGAAUGAUGCUUCAUUUUAACUGUUAAAACUGUGAGGAAUCAAUUCACUUCAGCCUUGAAACAAAUAGCCACUUUAUACAGCGUAUGCAUGCUUGGACCAGAUGCGUGGAAACUGAACAAACAGUCCUGCAGGCUUAAGGUCAGCAAAACUGGCUCUGGAUCCACACCAUACAUUCGGAGGGGUUGAAAUGCCUGUGUUAGUCUUCUCUGGCAGUCUAAGCUGAAUAGGGUGUGGAAGCCUACAUCGAUUGUGCAGUAGUAUGUAGACUGUUUUUGUGACCUUUCUAGAGAUUUUUGAAACUUCUGAUUGUUAUUCUGUUGUUUGAUUCACCUGUAUCAGUGAAGGAUCAGGCAAGGGUAAGAAUAAUAUAUUUUAAUGUGAUAUGUAUUUUUUUUUCUUUCUCUUUUUGGCAAAAAGGUUAGGAUGUCGGCAUUGAUAAAAAAAAAAAGAGGUCAGUGCAUUGAAAGUCCAAGUGCAAUGUGUGUAGUUGAGGUACUUCCACUACAUCAGGAAAGAAAGUUUCUACACUAACGCUGAGCAGCUUGUAAAAGAACCCUUUACAAAGAAUCACACAUGCAAUGCAGUCCCGCUUCAUCGGGACACAGGCCGGCAACGCUCGACUAGCAUAAAUACGCUGAGCAUAACAGGUCACGCAAAUACUCUCUGCUGCCUACUAGUCACUACGUGUUGAGCUGGGAGUAGGGCACUGCUUCUUGUUCUCUGUGGUCUGGUUCUGUGUUUGUUUUGUAGUGCCUGUGCACAUAACUUCUCACGUAAGUAGUAUAGGCUGUGUGAGCAGCUCUUGGACCACUCGCCACUGCAACGGGCUCAUUCCUUUCAGCCGGUAGGUUUUUGUGUAUACGGACACACGUUCUCAGUGUUGCUUUCAUGUCAACGCGCACAUGCAAAGUUGAAUUUUGAAUGUUUUACAACCCUUCAUAUUUAAUGCAGCUGGUCCAAAGCCUUUGUAACUCUAGCUAUCUAAUUUCAAUUUGUAGUUCUUGUGAUGAACCAAUACUCAUUUUAGCUCUGCAGUAUAAUCAAGCAUGGAUAGAUGUUCACUACCAAUCUCUCUCUUGUGCAGCACUGGGUAAACUUUAGCAAUUUGUAGUGUUGUGUGUUUUUUUUCUUUAAAAAAGAAAGAAUGGUCAGUUGAAUGGAAGUUGAACACGAUUUGGCCUGAGCUAUCCCUUGGGGAGCUUCAGGCUGACUUUGCAGGUAUGCCCAUAGCCAGUGAUUGUAACUAUGUUUGUGGUGGUCCUCCAUCCUGGCAACAGAUUAUGCCACCAUAAAUAUCUGAGAAUGUAUGCAUUACACUGAUUGUAAACAAAUCCUAAGAAUGCUACAGCAUAAUUGCUAAGCAAAAGGAAAAAAACCCACUCAGUUUGUAAUUGGGAUCCUGUGUAUAACAGGAACAGAACGCCUAACUGUGCAUGGAUAACUUAAAUGGAUAUGUGCACAGAUUUCGCAUUUUUUAGUAGUGUAGCACUUUCAGCUGAGCUCAAGAAAUAGGAAGAGCUGCAAAUCUAAGAUAACAGUAUUGAGUGUAAAUAUAUAUUUUUCUAUUAAUAAAAGCUGCCAUUCAAAUAUUUUUAACAUGAACUCUACAGAUUUUUCCAGUGCAAAGUAACUUCUGGAAAAUCAAAUGCUUGUUUGAAGAAGAAUUGUAAUGAGUGGUUUCCGAUCCUUUUAGAGCCAUUAAAAAUCUCUCUAAUGUUACAGAGAGAGCACAGUGAUUGGAUUCACAAUGUUUAGUGCCUUGUCAAAAAACUAAAAUAAAGUUGGUCAGUUGGUGGGAAUCUUAUUCUUCUGGUGAUAGACCUACAAAUAAUACUGCCCACACUGAGAUGCGAAAGACUAUUAAAAAAAAUGAAAUGGUGAACUUCAUGUGAGGAUGAGGGGAUCUAUUCAAUGAGAAGAUUUGUUUCUGGAGAUUCAGUUAUGUGAACAAGUUCCUUUAAGUUGCUUGUAGUAGAGCUUAACUUCAAGUAACAACCAAAAAAUUGUAGGGCUUUCAAAUUUGGAUCUGAAUCUGCACAAGGAAAGUAAUAGUAAGAAAGAAGUCGAUUGGUCUAAUCUGACCACAACAUCCAAGAAGCCUAUUGCUUUGACAAUCUACUGCAGACACUCAGCGUCUAGGUGAGGAAUCGGACUGGUGUGGGAAGAGGUGGGGUAGGUGAGAUGCGCUGCGACUGCUGGAGGUGGUGGACUCUGCGGCGUGAAAUGCAAACCUCUGGUAACGCAGGAGUUCUGGAAAACUUUCUGAGAUGUUAUGGAAGAUGUCUUUGCUUUUUAUUUCUUAAAUUGGAAUUGCUUAUUCACUGAUUAUCUUUCAAGCCUCAGACUUGAUCCAGUCUAUGCAUAAUCCAGGUGAAUAUAGAGAAUCUACUAGUAAAAACUUGCCCAGAAAUCAGGAAUAAGGAGAUCCAGAAUUUUACUCUGGAACCUCUGGAAUGUCCAAAUAUAGAGGCCUAGCCUCUUUUUAAAAUUCAGAUAUGGUGAAAUCUGUAACUCAAGCUAGAAUAUUUUGUUGCUGGCCUGCAGACAAGAAUGCAGAGAGCGUUUACAAAAAUGUUCCACCUUACGUCUUUUAAGCUCCACAUGUGCCCAGAAGCACCCACGAGAUAUGAACGGAUCAUCUUGACAUUGUAGCACAGGAAUUCCAACGUAUUAGAGAGAAGAAUAUGCUGUUUAAAUAAAUCAGGAAUGUAUGUUAGCAAUCCGUUACCGCAAGAGUUUAUUCCGCAGCUUCAUACUACUGGUUCCAUACUUUAGCAUGUAAAAAUAGUAUUUGUUGCUGAAUUAGCAAUGUCUCUGUUUCUCAGUUUUUGUGCUGAGAAGCCCUGCCUGAAUUAAUAUAAUUUUUUUUUAAUAACAGUUUAAUAAACAGUUAAACAGUUAAAUUCAUAUGUAAAUAUAAAUUAAAUAGUCCUGUUUUUAUUUAAUCUAAUUGUAACUUUUAUGAGGGAACAUUUAUCAGUGGGAACUGAAUCAGACCUUUUAAUGCACUUUCCUUUCCCCCUUUCCCCAAAUAAGAAUUUAGCAGUCUGUUUCUCUGUAGAAACAGUGUAAGACCAUUAUUUGCUACAUGACUGGGCCACCAAAUUUACUCUGAUUUAGUGGAGGUAGUGUUGCUUCUGCUAAAUUCCUGAAAGCCUAGAUAGAGCACAAUCAGAGCCCUUCAGUCGAGAUGUGAUGAUGAUGUAGUUACGCAGUAAGAUAACAUGAAAGAAGUGCAGUAUAGAACUUUAAAUACCUCUAUAAUAAUACUGCUCCCAAAAAUACACCUGUGGAGAUAUUCUUUAAACUAUCAUCGGGAUUCCAAACACUUCAAGGGAGGAAACGGCAAAAAAUACUUUUCAAAAGACAUACUAGGGAGAAGUUUCUUUAAGUUAUCCUCAACUCCAAAAGGCAGAGGAACGAGGUUCCUUUCCAUUGCUGUGUUUCAAAGAAUUUCUAGUAGACAAUCUGUAUGGAUUUUAUUAUUCACCUGGAUGCAGUGUUAGAAGGAUGAUGGUUUUGAAUAGACGUAGAACGUAAUUUAAAUAAUUUCCUGUAAGCCUCCUUGCAUUGGUGCUCCACUCAGCAUUUAGUUGGAAACCACAGAAUGCUUUCAGAUCCAGCAGAGUUGCCGGUGAGGCUGAACUACUCAGCUUACCUGUACAUAAGCAUUUUACCACUCUACAGAAUUUGAGAAUUUGGUUUGUACUUCAGGCUAUGAAGAUUUUUUUUUUUCCUUAAAUCCAAGGGGAAGAUUUCAGGGAUUUAGAAGAGGUUGGAAUUUUUUUAUAUGGAAGAAAUAUAUGUUCAUAUAUAUGCAUAUAUGUGUAUGUAUAUGAAGUUUUGUAACCCAAAAGUAUUCUUUGCCCCUUUUUGUUUGAAAAUAUAUAUAUUAUAUAUUGUGUAUAUAAUAUAUAUUCAAGGUUGUGUAAAUUUGAACAUAGUUUCAUAAAACAAAUAACACCUCUUCAAAAAUGACUUGAAACCUCUGUUUCUUUAUCCUUUGGCUUGUUGGUAUUAGAAGGUUUUGCAGUUGAACUCCUUGGGUUUUUUUCUUUUAAAUCUUAAUUAUGCUGAGCAUUUAAGAAUAUGUUCUUGUUUUUAACAAAAGGGGAAAAUUAUUUUUAAAUUAGGGAUUCCAAAAUUGAUGGUCUUUUAUAAAUGGGAUUUCUUUCAAAUCCCUUGGAAAAGGGAUUUCUUUUCUUUUCUUUUUUUUCUUUUUUUUAUUUCAACGCCAUUUCUUGUGGGUAAUUUGUAUUUGGAAUUCCUGGUUGCGUUGCUUUAUCUGGUGCUUCAUAUUGAUAUUUACACAUUUUUAUAUGAAUAAGUAUAUAAACUUCAAGCCUUCCUUUGUGAUCAGGGGCAGUUACACUCUGGUUUGCUGUGGUACUUUGCUGUGUACUCUGUGGCAUUCAUGUUACUGUGUAAAUAAACUAGUUUUAUUACACU